AUGGUUCCAGACAAAUACCCAAGUUUUCGGGACCUUCCUCUUGACAAAAAAGGGCCACACGGCAACGCCUGGGGUCUUUGGGGCCUCGAUGACCAACUGGGUACACUCAAUCUACUUACAGAUGAUGUCGUAGCAUGUGCAGCUAGAGAAAACAUCAUCAAUGGCCAAAGAGUAUCUCUUAACUGGUCCAUGACGGGGGCUUCAUAUCCAAAGUUUGCACGGAAACUGCUUGAACUGAACACUAUCAAUAAAGCUCCUUUGAAGCAUGCUCAUGACGAUGAGUGGAGCUUCAACUCGCAGUGUAGUUCACAGUGGGAUGGAUUUCGACACUAUGCUUACCAAGAUGAAGCCCUAAAACCUCACGUGCCGAUGCAGCUGUACUACAUGGGGCGCACUGCCAAGGACUUUGCUGAAUCAUCGGUCCCAAACGGAAUACAGCAUGUAUCCAGCAAAGGGAUUGCUGGUCGGGCUGUUUUCAUUGACUGGUACGCCUGGGCUCAGAAACGCGGGCUUGACGUGGAUGCCUUCACGUCCUAUGAAGUUCCGUUUAGCCAACUCAUUGACGCCUUGAACGACCAAGGCAUUAGUAAAGAUGUAUUUCGGCCAGGCGACAUUAUUAUUAUUCGAUUCGGUUACCUAUCACAGUACGAGUCAAUGAGCAAUGAGAAACGGGAUAAGCUCAAUGAGCUUUAUAAGACGAAGAAACCCGACAAUAUUGGCAUCAAGCCAUCGAGGGAGCUGCUUGAAUUUCUGUGGGACAACAAAAUUGCGGCAAUAUGCGGAGAUACCAGAUCACUCGAAGUUUGGCCUUGCAGAGACACGGAGUGGCACAUGCAUGAGUGGCUCCUUGCAGGUUGGGGCAUGCCAAUAGGAGAGCUCUUUUAUCUAGAGGACGUCUCCCGCCUUUGCUCAUCGCUAAGUCGAUACAUAUUCUUUCUAUCGAGUUCUCCCAUGAAUGUGCCGGGAGCCGUUGCAAGCCCUCCUAACGCCUUGGCCUUUUUCUAA